CCGCUGUCGCCACUGCCGUCGGGGAAGGUCCCAGCGCGGACAUGGUCUCGCGCGGCGCCCGCCCGGGCUCAAGCCCCCAGCGACCAGUGCAGUAGUUCAGCGAAGAGGCGGCCUGGAGGGCGCAGACGGGCGGGCGGGCGGCAUGGAGGAGGCGCACCUGCUCCCGGCCGCCGACGUGCUGCGCCACUUCUCGGUGACAGCCGAAGGCGGCUUGAGCCCGGCGCAGGUGACCGGCUCGAAGGAGCGCUACGGCCCCAAUGAGCUCCCCACCGAGGAAGGGAAGUCCCUUUGGGAACUGGUGCUGGAGCAGUUCGAGGACCUUCUGGUGCGCAUCCUGCUGCUGGCAGCCCUGGUCUCCUUUGUCCUGGCCUGGUUCGAGGAGGGCGAAGAGACCACAACAGCCUUCGUGGAGCCCCUGGUCAUCAUGCUGAUCCUUGUGGCCAACGCGAUUGUGGGUGUGUGGCAGGAACGCAAUGCUGAGAGUGCCAUCGAGGCCUUAAAGGAGUAUGAGCCUGAGAUGGGCAAGGUGAUCCGCUCAGACCGCAGAGGUGUGCAGAGGAUCCGCGCCCGGGACAUAGUCCCCGGAGACAUUGUGGAAGUGGCAGUGGGAGACAAAGUGCCUGCUGACCUCCGCCUCAUCGAGAUCAAGUCCACCACACUGCGAGUGGACCAGUCCAUCCUAACGGGUGAAUCCGUGUCCGUGACCAAGCACACAGACGCCAUCCCAGACCCUAGAGCUGUGAACCAGGACAAGAAGAACAUGCUGUUUUCUGGCACCAAUAUAGCAUCAGGCAAGGCAGUGGGUGUGGUGGUGGCCACAGGUCUGCACACGGAGCUGGGCAAGAUCCGGAGCCAGAUGGCAGCAGUGGAACCUGAGCGGACACCACUGCAGCGCAAGCUGGAUGAGUUUGGGCGGCAGCUGUCCCAUGCCAUCUCUGUCAUCUGUGUAGCUGUAUGGGUCAUCAACAUUGGCCACUUUGCUGACCCAGCCCAUGGUGGCUCCUGGCUCCGUGGUGCUGUCUACUACUUUAAGAUUGCCGUGGCCCUGGCUGUGGCUGCAAUCCCCGAGGGCCUCCCAGCAGUCAUCACUACGUGCCUGGCACUGGGCACACGGCGCAUGGCACGCAAGAAUGCCAUAGUGCGGAGCCUGCCCUCUGUGGAGACCCUGGGCUGCACCUCAGUCAUCUGCUCUGACAAGACRGGCACUCUCACUACCAAUCAGAUGUCAGUGUGCCGGAUGUUCGUUGUAGCCGAAGCGAAAGCGGGCUCCUGCAGUUUGCACGAAUUCACCAUCUCGGGUACCACGUAUACCCCGGAGGGAGAAGUGCGGCAGGGGGAGCAACUUGUUUGCUGCAGCCAGUUCGAUGGGCUGGUGGAGCUGGCGACCAUCUGUGCACUGUGCAACGACUCAGCGCUGGACUACAACGAGGCCAAGGGCGUGUAUGAGAAGGUGGGAGAGGCCACGGAGACAGCUCUGACUUGCCUGGUGGAGAAGAUGAAUGUGUUUGACACUGACCUGAAGGCCCUGUCCCAGGUGGAGCGAGCUGGGGCCUGCAAUGCGGUCAUCAAGCAGCUCAUGAGGAAGGAGGUCACCCUCGAGUUCUCCCGGGACCGGAAGUCCAUGUCAGUGUACUGCACACCUACCCACCCUGACUCCAAGGCCCAGGGCAGCAAGAUGUUUGUGAAGGGGGCUCCUGAGAGUGUAAUUGAGCGCUGCAGCUCAGUCCGUGUGGGGAGCCGCACAGCACCCCUGAAUACCACCUCCAGGGAGCAGAUCCUGGCAAAGAUCCGAGAUUGGGGCUCAGGCUCAGAGACGCUGCGCUGCCUGGCACUGGCCACCCGGGAUGCACCCCCCAAGAAGGAGGACAUGCAGCUGGACGACUGCAGCAAGUUUGCUCAGUAUGAGACAGACCUGACCUUCGUGGGAUGUGUGGGCAUGCUGGACCCCCCACGGCCCGAGGUUGCUGCCUGCAUCACACGUUGCCACCGAGCCGGCAUCCGCGUGGUCAUGAUCACAGGGGACAACAAAGGCACAGCUGUGGCCAUCUGUCGCCGGCUUGGCAUCUUUGGGGACACAGAGGAUGUGGAGGGCAAAGCCUACACAGGCCGUGAAUUUGAUGACCUCAGCCCAGAGCAGCAGCGCCUUGCCUGCUGCACCGCCCGCUGCUUUGCCCGCGUGGAGCCGGCGCAUAAGUCCCGCAUCGUGGAAAACCUGCAGUCCUUUAACGAGGUCACUGCCAUGACUGGUGAUGGGGUGAACGACGCACCUGCCCUGAAGAAAGCAGAGAUCGGCAUUGCCAUGGGCUCGGGCACAGCUGUGGCCAAGUCAGCUGCAGAGAUGGUGCUGUCAGAUGACAACUUUGCCUCCAUUGUGGCUGCUGUGGAGGAGGGCCGGGCCAUCUACAGCAAUAUGAAGCAAUUCAUUCGCUACCUCAUUUCCUCAAAUGUCGGCGAGGUUGUCUGCAUCUUCCUCACAGCAAUUCUGGGCCUGCCUGAAGCCCUGAUCCCCGUGCAGCUGCUCUGGGUGAACCUGGUGACAGAUGGCCUACCUGCCACAGCCCUGGGUUUCAACCCACCAGACUUGGACAUCAUGGAGAAGCUGCCCCGGAAUCCUCGUGAGGCCCUCAUUAGUGGCUGGCUCUUUUUCCGAUAUCUGGCUAUUGGAGUGUAUGUAGGCCUGGCCACAGUGGCUGCCGCCACCUGGUGGUUCCUGUAUGAUGCCGAGGGACCUCACAUCACCUUCUACCAGCUGAGGAACUUCCUGAAGUGCUCUGAGGACAACCCGCUCUUUGAGGGCAUCGACUGCGAGGUCUUUGAGUCCCGCUUCCCCACUACCAUGGCCUUGUCGGUGCUUGUGACCAUCGAGAUGUGCAAUGCCCUCAACAGCGUCUCGGAGAACCAGUCGCUGCUGCGGAUGCCGCCCUGGCUGAAUCCCUGGCUGCUGGCGGCCGUGGCCAUGUCCAUGGCCCUGCACUUCCUCAUCCUGCUGGUGCCACCCCUGCCCCUCAUUUUCCAGGUGACCCCACUGAGCGGGCACCAGUGGGUGGUGGUGCUCCAGAUAUCUCUGCCUGUCAUCCUGCUUGAUGAGGCCCUCAAGUACCUGUCCCGGCAUCACAUGGAUGGCAUUCUCGGGACAGUCUCACAGGCCUGGAGUAGGCAGCCGCUGACCAGCUCCAGGACCCCAGACCACACCGGAAAUAAAGGACCAGAAGUGAAUGCAGGGAUCAGAGCAGAGUCUCCAGUGUGUACCUCAGACUGAUGGUGCCCAAGCAUUUGUCCCACUCCCACCCCUUCCACCAUGCUCACCCACCUGCCCACUGGGCCCUGCUGGACACGCAACAGUCCUGAGGCCAGAACGGUCAUACCCAGGUCCAGUUCUGGGGUCCCUGUCCCCACUGCCAUCUGACCUGGGGGGCUGUGUAGUUCAUGUCUCUUGAACUCUCCUGGGAAGAUCCCUUGCUGAAACUCUGGCCCAGGAGCUGAGCCUGGGAGGGGGGCUGCGGGAAGCCAGAGCUGGCAGUAGAUCUGGAGCUGCAGAGCCCCUGGACCUGCAUAUCUACCAGCACAUACUGGAGCCUGCACCCCUUGCAUGGAGGCUGGGCCUCUACUUGGUGACCCGUGCCUCUGCACUGACGGAAAACACCGGCUCUGACCUCUCAGUCAGUGCCUGGUCUGGAACCUGAUCAGCUCCACGGAGGGGUAUCGGAGGGGGCCAUCUGGGCCCAGCUGUGUACAGCGAGGCAGGAGGCCUCCACCAAGUCGGCUCCUGAGAGCUGGAGUGUGUUUCUGUUUAUAUGUGCAGGCCCCAGGGGGUUGAAACGUCAGAGAGAAAGGAACACAAAGGGCAGGGAGGAGGGGCGAGGCAGAACCCUCUUUGCCUGGGGGAGACACUGGGCUGCCUGCCUCAGCUCAGCUCCCUUUCCAAACUCAGGUUUCCCUGUCCUCAGCAAAUGACUGGGUGGUGCCUGGUCCACCAAGCAGAGGUCAGAUUUGCUAUCCAUGUCCCUAGUGCCUGAGACCCCCAGAUGUCCUUAGGUCCCUGACCACUAUACUGUCCCAUCCUGUCUGGUGUGCAGCCAUCUCUGCACAGCUGGCUGAUUCUGAGUCUCCUGGACCCUUGGCCUCACUUUUUGCCCAUUCCCUCCAUUCACACGCAUCCAUGAGCCAAAAAGAUGUCACUAAGGAUGGCUGUCAUCCAAGGGCACUUACCCCCUCUUCCCUCUUCUCAUUGGAAGAAUGCAUCUCUCUGUGGGUCUCCUGUCAGAUGGUAGGAAGACAGCAGUUUGAUUGACAGGAAUUUCCUUUUACUCAGCUUUUGUUCCUUUGGCAAAAACUAGCUAGGCAUAGCAGAAAAUAGCAAGUAAAGAACUGUCUAUAUGUCUUCUCCCCUUCUUGAGAGUGUACCAAGUGAUGAUUUUACAUGUAAAUCAAGACUCACAUCCCUGUCCUAGUCCCCAGAAUUUCCCCUCCGCCUGCCUCAUAGUUUAAUGGUCUCCUCAUUCUGCAGCCCCUUCCCUUAAGCUUCCUCCCACCCUCUUGCAGUUUCUGGAAGGGCCCUGAGAGAAACGAGUUGGGGGUGCUCUGUCAGGGGCAGGGCCCUGUACCCACCUGCUGACAUGCUGCCUGGUAGAGAAAUAAAAGUGGU